UUCCAGAACUUUCCCUCUUCCAGUCACACCGGCCGGCCGCCGUGUAGCUAGCUUAGCAUAGGCUAACGGUUCAAUAGUGUUGCAAAAUGUCUCACCCAGUGCCCACCAACAAGCCGUCCAAUCCUGAAAACCCUCGCGUUUUCCUCGACGUUGACAUUGGCGAUGCUAGAGCUGGCCGAAUUGUUUUGGAGCUGUUUGUUGACGUCACUCCCAAGACGGCUGAGAACUUCCGAGCCCUGUGCACUGGAGAAAAAGGCCUGGGGAAAACCACAGGGAAACCUCUGCACUUCAAAGGCUGCCCCUUCCACAGGAUUAUUAAGAAGUUCAUGAUCCAGGGAGGUGACUUCUCCAACCAGGACGGCACGGGUGGUGAGAGCAUCUACGGGGAGAAGUUUGAGGAUGAAAACUUUCACUACAAGCACGACCAAGUGGGCCUGCUGAGCAUGGCCAACGCAGGGCCCAACACCAACGGCUCGCAGUUUUUCAUCACCACGGUGCCCACGCCACAUCUGGAUGGCAAGCAUGUGGUCUUUGGACAAGUGCUCAAGGGGAUGGGCGUGGUUAGAAAGCUCGAGGCGAUCGACGCCGAAGACAGCACCCCUCUUAAGCCUUGCGUGAUUGCUGACUGCGGCGACCACAAGGACGGCGACAGCUGGGGCGUUGCCAGCUGUGACAGCACGGGGGAUGCCCACCAUGACUUCCCAGAGGACUCAGAUGUUGACUUUAAGGAUGUGGACAAAGUUGUGUCAGUGGCCGAGGACAUUAAGAAAGUUGGAAACACCCUUUUUAAGAGUCAAGACUGGAAUGCUGCUGUCGACAAAUACAGCAAAGCUCUCAGGUAUUUGGAAACGUGUGGCGAGCUUUUGGAGGAUGAGGGUGAGGAGUCUCCGGUGCAAAAGAAGCUGGUGCCCGCUGUGCUCAGCUGUUACCUCAACACGGCUGCCUGCAAGUUAAAGCUGCAAAUGUGGCAGGAGGCCGUAGACAGCUGCAACGAGGCUCUGGAGCUGGACAAAGGCAACACCAAGGCACUUUUCCGCAGGGCUCAGGCCUGGCAGGGUCUCAAAGAGUAUGGCGAAGCCAUGUCUGAUCUGAAGACCGCUCAGGGAAUAGCGCCAGAAGACAAAGCCAUCAGCAAUGAGAUGAAGCGUGUGCAGAUCCAAGUCCAGCAGGAGAAAGAAAGAGAGAAGAAAAUCUACGCCAAAAUGUUUGCCUAAAUUCCCCCCUUCGUUUAAUCCGCCUCCUGAUGUAACGAAGCUCAAGUCGUUUUUCGAUACUGAAUGGCAAAUGUGGUCACCAUUUUGUCCUUGGAACGUAUGACAAGAUCCUCAGCGAGCGCACAACAGUCAACUAGUUUAUUCACUGAUGUAACAUGUAAAGUACAACAAAAUGUACCAGGAAUAAAUGUUAACUUAUCAAAAAUGCUAUCCGUAAGUCCGUAUUUAAUAUACUUGAAGGCCACUACUAUGCAAAUAUGUUGAAGCCUCACUUUUUUGUGUGGUAGCGGUGGUGUCACAUCAUAAAUAAAAUCCGGUCUCUUUAAACAUGA